GCGCAUGCCCACACGCCAUCUACGGCGAGCCCCGAGGGGAAAAUGUAUUGCACACAGAUCACAACGCAAAUGCACUCAGUAUAAGUCUGUUACAGUAAUAAAAUUUUAAAAAAAAUCCGCGUUGUGAAACUCAGUUAAAACGAUAUUUAUAUACGGUGGAGUGAGAUGGCGGGCGUCAUGGAAACAGAGGAGCAGGCGAGGAAUCGUUUCCAGUCGGAAUUGGAGUUUAUUCAGUGUCUGGCUAACCCAAAUUAUCUGAAUUUUUUGGCUCAGAGAGGCUACCUACGAGAAAAACCUUUCGUGAAUUACCUGAAGUAUUUGCUUUAUUGGAAAGAACCUGAAUAUGCCAAAUUCCUUAAAUAUCCUCACUGCUUGCACAUGUUGGAGCUGUUGCAGUACGAACAUUUCCGUAAGGAGCUGGUGAACGCUCAGUGUGCCAAGUUUAUAGAUGAGCAGCAGAUCCUGCACUGGCAGCACUACUCACGCAAGCGCACACGCCUUCAGCAGGCUCUCGCCGAGCAGCAGCAGCAGCAGCAACAGCAGGCGGCUACACACGGCAAUGCCGCCUCAAAAUGAAGCUGCCACACAUCGGCGAGUGAGGCGGACAGAUGUAUGAGUGUAAAUACUGUACAUUUUUCUGUAUUUUUUUCUUUGUUUUGACUUUAAGCUUCCCUGUGAUCUCACAAUAACAAUAAAAUUUAAAAGCUUCAUAACAUUUAAAAGAAUUAAAUGUUGAGUUUUGAUGGUCAAAUUUCACACCAGAAGGAAUAACUAAUGGCCGAUAUGAAAGUGGAAGACACACCUAGCACUAUAACUGAGCAAUGUCAUGUCAAAAACUCUGCUUUUCUUAUUCAGUGAAAAAAUAAAGACUUUUCUAUGACA